AAACCAUAUCCACAGCCAAAAAGUCAAGUGCAUAGAAUCAGAGCAGUAAAGACAAGCAGAGCAAAGUAUUUAAAUAGAGUAGUAAACCAAUUGAUCCUCAUGCAGUACCAUUUUUAUUGCAUGUUUACUUGCACAGGAGAUAGUAGUUGGGGUGUGGGAAACACUAGGGAGUAAUUAGUAUAAGAGUGUCCAUCUUCUUCUACUUCUACUUUGUUGGGUGGUCUAAUCAUUCACUUCUAGGGUUUAUAGAGGGGUUUAGGAGCCAUGGAGGUGGAAGAAGAGAGGAAAUGGGGGGGAGUGGUGGGAGAAGAGGUGGUUGAAGAGGAGGAAGUUGUGGUGGGCUUAGAAAGGAAGAGGAGGGACAAGGGCAUACCUGGAAAAGAAGCUAAUGGUGCAGAGUCUUUGGAGAUAGAGGAGGAGGAGGAGGAGGAGGAGGUGGUGGAUUUGGAUGGUGGUGGUGGGGCUGGGGUUGGUGAAGAGGCAAGGAGUGUCUACUUUGAUUCUGAGAAAGGAGUAUGGAAGUGUCGGCACUGCAAUUGGACCUAUAAAAUGAGUGGUCCAAGCAGCAGAGAUUAUAUCCCGAAUCAUGCAGGGUAUUGCCAAAUGGCGGUGGAUGCCGAAUCCUUGCCUCACAUUGAGUCAUUUUAUGCUUCACCAACUAAAGGUACCGAAGUUACGGAUAUUGCUGGGAUGGAAUCUAUAGAAGACGUGCAAUUUGGUGCUAGAAAGGACCUGACAAAUGGUGGGACAGAAUCCAGAGAAGAGGUACAGUUUGAUGCUAAGAAGGACCUAACAAAUGGACACGUUAGUUCUCAAGCUAAUGAGUUAAACAGACAAGAUGUUAUUUUUAUCCGAGACGCAAAUGGUACUUCGAAGAAUGUGAUUGUGGAAAAUGGGUCAUAUGCGAAAACUUCUUCUGAAGGAUCUAGUUACAGUGAAAUUACACAAAAUGAUGAUGGAGUUAUCGUACAAAAACAGAUCACAUUACUAAAGUCUAGUAAAGUAAUUUUACCUGACUUUGAUCUGGAGAGAGUUUUAGAGGAGCAAGAUACUCAUGACUUGUUCUGUCCUAAUUGCAACUCAUGUAUAACUAAAAGGGUGAUUUUACGCAAAAGAAAAAGGUGGAUUAAAGGUAUCCAAUAUGAUAUGCCACCCAAGAGGAUUCAUGAAGCGGAUCCUAUAUUGGCUUUACCACCAAUUGAUGAUCAAGGCCCUCCUACGGAGCCUCCUGAGUGUUUCAGAUGCCUGUCAUGCCUCAGUUUCUUCUUUCCAACAGAGGGUGGUGGUUGGAAUAUAUUUCGCUUAUGUGGAGGCAAAGAGGAGACUCCAAAUCGACAAAGUUCAACUCAUAUAUCUGAAAGAUUUAAACUGUGGAUUCCAUCUAUUUUCCAACCUGUUCCCAGCCACAAUGAAGUUAGUCGGCAAGAACCCAGAGACGAUCCGACCUUGAGAGGAUGGCAAAGUCCAGAAGAUUCAACUGCACCAGGAGCUGAAACAUCUAAUCAAAAUCAAAUCACCAUUGAAAACAGUGACGCAGGGACCGUUUUGCCCAGAGAAUUGCCUGUUCCUAGAAAACAACAAGAACCAGCAUUAGAGGAAAAGCAAACUGCUCCGCAACAGCCUAUUCGUGAAUUUGAAGCACAGCCAUCUCAACCAAGUACAAGGGGAGAGAAACAAGAUAAUUGGAAAAUUAAUGCAGAUUUCCAAGCUCCUGACGGAUUUAAUAUUUCAAGCGAACCAGGGAAGGAACCAGCCCAAAACACAGUGGACACAAGUCAACCAGAAGCUGUUGCAGGAGAUUACAUCCUCGUAGACGUCCAAACUAGGGGUGAUGCAAUAAUUCCUGUUCCUGAGGUACCUGCACCACAUUCCAUUGUUCAGAUUCCUGAAAGCGAGCCAAUUAAAGUAGAACCUACAAAUUACAUCCUCGUAGACGUCCAAUCUAGGGGUGAUGUAAUAAUUCCUGUUCCUGAGGUACCUGCACCACAUUCCCUUGUUCAGAUUCCUGAAAGCGAGCCAAUUCAAGUAGAAGCUACAAGAGAACCUUUCGAGUGGGAUAUACUGAAAGCCAUUGUCUACGGGGGCUUAGUUGAAUCGAUCGCAAGCCUUUCUAUUGUAUCUUCUGCUGCAGCAUCUGGUGCUUCCACUUUGAAUAUUUUUGUUCUGGCAGUGGCAAAUCUUAUCAGUGGAUUGUUUCUUAUUGUCCAUAAUAUUUUUGAACUGAGAAAGGAGCACGACGAGGCUACUGAUCAUUUAAUUCAGAAUGAUUUCGAUCGCUACCGUGAUACACUCGGAAAGAGGCCCCAUUUCGUUCGUCAUUUAAUCGUCGCUGUCCUAUCGUACAUAAUUGUUGGGACAUUACCGCCUCUAGUGUACGGUUUCUCAUUCAGGAAGAGCAGCAACACGGAACACAAGCUCAUAGCCGUCGCCGCGGCAUCUCUUCUAUGCGUUGCUCUACUUGCGAUCGGAAAGGCCCACAUUAGGCUACCGAGGAAGUACAUUGCGACAAUGCUGUACUACCUCAGCCUCGGCGUAACGGCAUCGGGUCUCUCCUAUGUGGCUGGUGUGAUGCUCAACAGCCUCAUUGAACAACUUGGUUUGUUCAAUGAUCACACUUCACCUGCACCACCACCUCCCAGUUUGUUCCGAGAUUUAAGUUCCGGAAAACCGGCUUGGGCAUCAUAUUGAAACUCUCUUAGUGGUAAAACUCCGGGAUUUGAUGGUAAUUUUGCUUUAUACCUGCUCUUGGUGAUGAUAAAUGAAGAACCAGGAUCCAUAUAGCCGACCGCAAAUAGUUGGACUGAAGAUUUUGUUGUUUCUUUCGCCGGUUUUCCUAGUCUAUUGAGUGUUAUGUCGAAUUUAGUAUCUUUUUUACAUGGAUUUGUCAAAGUCUUAUCCCUACGAUUGUAUUUGGAAAAUAAAUUAAAUAAAUGGUGUGAACUUAGUGGUUCCUGUGGGGAUGUCAAUGGGUACUAAUACCAAAAAUUUUAUCCGAAUCGGAACCCAAACCUGAACAGGGCUGGUUUAUACGAAUACUAAAGGUUUUUGAUAUGGGUAUAAAAAAUGAAAACCUCAUGGAUUUAGAUUCAGAUAUAGAUUUUGUCUAUAACAGACCCGAACCCGAAUCCGAACCUAAACCCGAUUUGAAUCAGAAUAGAUUUUACAAUAUAUAAUAUAUAGAUAUGUUUGAUGUUACAUUUGAAUUUGCAUUAUGAAAAUUUACAUUUUAUUAUAAUAGGUUUUGAAAUAUUGAGGUAAAUAGAAAUAAUUGUUUUGGGCCUGGGGUUCCGAGUUCAGGUUCGGGUUUCAGGUUGUUGGUCGGGUUUAGUUUUGAAUAUGGAUUUUCAAAAUCCGUCGAGUUUGGAUUUGGCUUUCGGGUUCGGGUUCGGGUUUACCAAAAUCCGUCCGAACUCCAACCCAUUGGCAUCCCUAGGUUCAUGGUCUAGCUUUCGAAGGAAACAUUUAUUUCCUGUUGAUUCAUGCAGUUGUUGGAGUGUUUCUUGAAGCUGUUUGAGAUAUUGUAACUUCUAAAUUGUGUUUCUUUUGGUAUAUGAUUUAAAUCAUCUGAAUUUUGAUGGGCUUGAUCUUAA